GUGUAAAGGCAGAGAGGAAAGGCGAGGGGUGUUGACGCCAGGAAGGUUCCAUCUUGGUUAAGGGCAGGAGUCCCUUACGGACUUGUCUGAGGAAAGACAGGAAAGCGCCAGCAUCUCCACCUUCCCCGGAAGCCUCCCUUUGCCAGGCAGAAAGGGUUUCCCAUGGGGCCGCCCCUGGCGCCGCGCCCGGCCCACGUACCCGGGGAGGCCGGGCCCCGGAGGACGAGGGAAAGCAGGCCGGGCGCCGUGAGCUUCGCGGACGUGGCCGUGUACUUCUCUCCCGAAGAGUGGGAAUGCCUGCGGCCAGCGCAGAGGGCCCUGUACCGGGACGUGAUGCGGGAGACCUUCGGCCACCUGGGCGCGCUGGGAUUUUCAGGUCCCAAACCCGCUUUUAUCUCGUGGGUGGAAGGAGAAGUGGAGGCGUGGAGCCCGGAGUCCCAGGAUCCCGACGGUGAGAGCUCUGCAGCUUUCAGCAGGGGCCAAGGACAGGAAGCAGGAUCCAGGGAUGGGAAUGAGGAGAAGGAAAGGCUGAAGAAGUGUCCAAAACAAAAAGAGGUGGCGCAUGAAGUGGCUGUCAAGGAGUGGUGGCCCAGCGUCGCCUGCCCAGAGUUCUGCAACCCUAGGCAGAGCCCCAUGAAUCCCUGGCUCAAGGACACUCUGACCCGAAGACUGCCCCACUCUUGCCCAGACUGUGGCCGCAACUUCAGCUACCCUUCCCUCCUGGCCAGCCACCAGCGGGUCCACUCCGGGGAGCGGCCCUUCUCCUGCGGCCAGUGUCAGGCGCGUUUCUCCCAGCGCAGGUACCUGCUCCAGCAUCAGUUCAUCCACACCGGCGAGAAGCCCUACCCCUGCCCCGACUGCGGACGCCGCUUCCGCCAGAGGGGUUCCCUGGCUAUCCACAGGCGGGCUCACACCGGGGAGAAGCCUUACGUGUGCUCAGACUGCAAGAGUCGCUUCACUUACCCCUACCUGCUGGCCAUCCACCAGCGCAAGCACACGGGCGAGAAGCCCUACAGCUGCCCCGAUUGCAGCCUCCGUUUCGCCUACACCUCCUUGCUGGCCAUCCACAGGCGCACACACACCGGCGAGAAGCCCUACCCCUGUCCUGACUGCGGCCGCCGCUUCACCUAUUCUUCCCUCCUCCUCAGUCACCGGCGCAUUCACUCCGACAGCCGGCCCUUCCCCUGCGUGGAGUGUGGGAAAGGCUUCAAGCGCAAGACCGCCCUGGAAGCCCAUCGGUGGAUCCACCGCUCCUGCAGCGAGAGGCGCGCGUGGCAGCAGGCCGUGGUGGGGCGUUCAGAGCCCAUCCCUGUUUUGGGAGGCAAGGAUCCCCCAGUUCACUUCCGGCACUUUCCAGAUAUAUUUCAAGAGUGUGGGUGAUGGCGUUCACACAAACUGGUCAGCGUUUCCCUGGAGAGGGAGAGGCAAGGUUUGUGUAUUUGGGGGAUAAGGAAAGGAAGUGGGCGUUUGAGGAAAACAAAGUUCUGCCUUAGGAAAAAAGCAGAGGUAGGGGCACAGAGGGCUGUGGGGAGGAGGCAGGAAUCUGAAAAGGUGCCUGGGGGUUGACCCCAUUUUCUGAAGCUCCAGCACACAGGGCCCCGUGUUCACGUCCCAUCCUUCACUGAAAACCAUUCACCUAACUGGCUUUUCCUUCAUGAUUGUUCUCUACCUUGUAGCUCUCUACUUUUUGGCCUGUAUCUCUCCUACUCCUCUGAGAUGGGGUCCCCUACAUUCCAGUGCCUAUUAAAGGAGCCUGCACCCACUCUGGACCCCCCAGAAUAGAGGGGAUACCUCAGGCCUGUCCCUCGGCUGGUGGGGGGGAGCUCAUCCCAGGAUUCUUUUUUUUUUUUUUUUUUUUGAGAUGGAGUCAUGCUCUGUCGCCCAGGCUGGAGUGCAGUGGCGUGAUCUCGGCUCACUGCAAUCUCUGCCUCCUGGGUUCAAGCCAUUCUCUGCCUCAGCCUUCCCAUUAGCUGGGAUUACAGGCAUGCGCUACCAGGCCCAGCUAAUUUUUGUGCUGUUAGUAGAGACGGGGUUCCACCAUGUUGGCCAGGCUGGUCUUGAAUUCCUGACCUCGUGAUCCACCCGCCUCGGCGUCUCAAAGUGCUGGGAUUACAAGCGUGAGCCACCGACCCCUGCCGAGGAUUCUGCCUUUUACCAAUGCAGGUGAAACAUCUGGCAAGGAGACACCUGGAGUGUAGGUGUUCCUUGGUCUUGAAAACCUAGAGGUGGCCAUAGAGAGGACAGUGGCCUCAGGUGGGGAACUCCCCCGCCCCACUCUCAUUAUGCAAGUGCACAAACUAUCAAACAUAGUGGACUCUGGAACUGGGCCAACUCUUCACUGUAUGCAUUAGUGAUUGCAGUGUUUUUUUCUUCUUCAGAUAUUUGCAUGUUCCCUGGAUUUUGUAUUUUUUGAUAAAGAUAUAUUCUUGGGCCACAGUAGCUGGAGAUAUAAUGCCGGAGGAUUCUUUUUUUUUUUUUUUUUUUUUUUUGAGACAGAGUCUCUCUCUAUCGCCUGGGCUGGAGUGCAGUGGCCCAAGCUACGCUCACUGCAAACUCCACCUCCUGGGUUCACACCAUUCUCCUGCUUCAGUCUCCCGAGUAGCUGGAAUUACAAGCACCCGCCACCACGCCCAACUAAUAUUUUGUAUUUUUAGUAGAGACGAGGGUUUCACCGUGUUAGCCAGGAUGGUCUCGAUCUCCUGACUUCGUGAUCCUCCCGCCUCGGCCUCCCAAAGUGCUGGGAUUACAGGCGUGAGCCGCUGCACCCAGCCUCUUUUUUUUUUUGAGAUGGAGUUUCACUCUUGUUGCCCAGGCUAGAGUGCAAUGGCAUGAUCUUGGCUCGCUGCAACCUCCGCCUCCUAGGUUCAAGCGAUUCUCCUGCCCCAGCCUCUUGAGUAGCUGGGAUUACAGGCACCCACCACCAUGCCUGGCUAAUUGUAUUUUUACUAGAGACAGGUUUCACCAUGUUGGCCAGGCUGGUCUCCAAUUCCUGACCUCAGGUGAUCCACCCGACUUGGCCUCCCAAAGUUCUGGGAUUACAUUUUUUUUUUUAAAGAAAGAAUAAAUUAAUUGUGAUUAAAGUUGAAAUCAAGGCAUAGUCUUUCCAGUCUAAUUUUUACUGUAAUGCUUGUAUGUCAACAGUUAUGAAGGCUGGGCGCGGUGGCUCACGCCUGUAAUCCUAGCAGUUUGGGAGGCUGAGGAGGGUGGAUCACUUAAGGUCAAGAGUUCAAGACCAGCCUGGCCAAUAUGGUGAAACCCCAUCUCUACUAAAAAUACCAAAAAAAAACAAAAACAAAAAAAACAAAAAAAACGGCCAGGCACGGUGGCUCACACCUGUAAUCCCAGCACUUUGGGAAGCCGAGGCGGGCAGAUCACAAGGUCAGAAGAUCGAGACCAUCCUGGCUAACAUGGUGAAACCCCGUCUGUACUAAAAAUACAAAAAAAUUAGCCAGGAGUGGUGGCAGGCGCCUGUAGUCCCAGCUACUUGGGAGGCUGAGGCAGGAGAACCGUGUGAACCCGGGAGGCAGAGCUUGUGGUGAGCUGAGAUCGUGCCACUGCACUCCAGCCUGGGCGACAGAGCGAGACUCUGUCUCAAAAAAAAAAAAAAAAAAAAAUUAGCCAAGCCUGGUGGCGUGCACCUGUAAUCCCAGCUUCUUGGGAGGCUGAGGCAGAAGAAUGGCUUGAACCCAGGAGGUGGAGUUUGCAGUGAGCCAACAUAGCGCCACUGCACUCCAGCCUGGGCGACAGAGCGAGACUCCAGUCUCAAAAAACAAAACAAAACAAAAAACAACAGUUAAGAGAGUUCUUUCUGGCCCAUUUAGAUCUGCUAGCCCUACUUUUGAAGAGCAAACUUUUGAAGGAAUGAACAAAAGAGGUAGGUGGGACUAAGCAUUUCUGCAUUCCAGGACUGGUGGUCAGUGACUCAAAUAUCUCUUUGAAAAGACUGCUUCUUUGAAUCCUUGGGUUCCAAGAUAAUUAUUAAUGGGAACUGGUGCCGGGCGCGGUGGCUCACACCUGUGAUCCCAGCACUUUGGGAGGCUGAGGCUGGUUAAUCACUUGAGGUCAGGAGUUUGAGACCAGCUGGGCAAUAUAGUGAAACCCCAUCUAUACCAAAAAAUUAGCCAGGCGUGGUGGCACAUGCCUGUAGUCCCAGCUACUCAGGAGGCUGAGGCAAGAGGAUCACUUGAGCCUGGGAGACAGAGGUUGCAGUAAGCCGAGAUGGCUCCAUUGCACUCCAGCCUGGGCUACAAAGCAGGACUCUGUCUCAAAACAAAAACAGAUUCAAAAACUGGUAACUGGGUGUUAUCUUUACUUCACCACAUAGCCUCUCCUGAAUUGAUGGACCUGGAUUCCUAGCUUGGCUCAGUCCCCACUGGCUGUGUGGCCUUUAGCAUCACCUAGAUUCUACAAAUAACAUUUUUCUCUAUUUGUUUUACACAUGUCAAUCUGCCUAUCCAUCCCUCUAUCCAUUCAUUUAUCCAUUUUAUUAAUGUAUUUCAAAGUAAGUUGCAGACAUCAUUACAUUUCACUUCUAAACACUUCAGCAUACAGCUGAGUUUUAUGCAAGAAACUUCAGCUCUCAGCUGGGUACAGUGGCUCACAACUGUAAUCCCAGCACUUUGGGAGGCUAAGGCAGGAGGAUUGCAUGAGCUUGGGAGUUUGAGACGAGCCUGGAAAACAGCAAGACCUCAUUUCUACUAAAAAUUUUAAAAAUUAGCCGAGCAUGGUGGGGGAGGGUGAAGAAGGAGGAUAGCUUGAGCCCAGGAGUUUGAGGCUAUAGUGAGCUAUGAUGGCGCCACUUCAGUCUGAGUAACAGCAAGACACUAUUAAAAAAAAAAAAAAAAGCCAGGCGCAGUGGCUCACACCUGUAAUCCCAGCACUUUGGUAGGCCAAGGUGGGCAGAUCACCUGAGGUCAGGAGUUCGAGACCAGCCUGACGAACAUGGAGAAACCCUGUCUCUACUAAAAAAAAAAAAGAAAUACAAAAUUAGCCAGGCAUGGUGGCACAUGCCUGUAAUCACAGCUACUCGGGAGGCUGAGGCAGGAGAAUCGUUUGACCCCGGGAGGCGGAGGUUGCAGUGAGCCAAGAUCGUGCCAUUGCACUCCAGCCUGGGCAACAAGAGCGGAACUCUGUUUCAAAAAAGAAAGAAAGAAAUUCAGCUCCCACUUAAAGUUCAGUUGUACUCUGUUAUUGACAAGUAAAGUCGAUUGAAGCCCAGUCAUCUCCUGUAUGUUUUGUGACUUCUCAUAAUUAUCUGAUCAAGAGUCUUGAAGAAACAUUUACAAUUUGAUGGGCAAUAAAAUAAUUUGAAAGCAAGAGCAUUUUGUUCUUGUUAUUUCUUGAGACAGGGUCUCACCAUAGCCUAGGCUGGAAUGCAGUGGCACAGUCACGGCUCACUGCAGCCUCGACCUCCUGGGCUCAGGUGUUUCUCGUUCUCAUCUCAGCCUCUUGAGUAACUGGGACUACAGGCAUAUGCCACUAUGCCCAGCUAAUUUUUGUAUUUUUUGUACAGAUGGGGUUUUGCCCAGGCUGGUCUUGAACUCAUGGGCUCAAGUGAUCUGUCUAUCUAAGCCUCCCAAAGUGGUAGGAUUACAGGUGUUAGCCACUGUGCCCGGCCAAUUUUUGUAUUUUUAUAAUGAGUGGCAGGAAAAACAACUCAUCAGCUACACGGAACAGUUUUAGUCUUACUUGAAAGUUUGUUUCAGGCCUGGCGCUAUGGCUCAUACCUGUAAUCCCAGCACUUUGGGAGGCCGAGGACGGUGGAUCACUUGAAGCCAGGAGUUUGAGACCAGCCUGGCCAACAUGGCAAAACCCCAUCUCUACUAAAAAUACAAAAAUUAGCAGGUUGUGCUGUUUUCAGCUACUUGGGAGGCUGAGGCAUGAGAAUUGCUUGAACUCGGGAGGCAGAGGUUGCAGUGAGCCGAGAUCGUACCACUGCACUCCAGCCUUGGCCACAGAGUGAGACUCUGUCUUAAAAAAAAAAAAAAAAAACACAGGCCGGGUACAGUGUGCAGUGGCUCAUGUCUGUAAUUCCAGCACUUUGGGAGGCCAAGGCAGGCGGAUCACGAGGUCAGGAGAUCAAGAGCAUCCUGGCCAACAUGGUGAAACCCUGUCUCUGCUAAAAAUACAAAAACUAGCUGGGUGUGGUGGUGCGUGCCUGUAAUCCCAGCUACUCAGGAGGCUGAGGCAAGAGAAUCGCUUGAACCAGGGAGUUGGAGGUUGCAGUGAGCCAAGAUCACGCUACUGCACUCCAGUCUGGCGAUAGAGCGAGACUCCAUCUAAAAAAAAAAAAAAAAGUUUCUUUCAGUCUGUUUAGUUAAUAUUUUUAUUGUUCAGCUUCAUCUUCUUAAGUCUUCUGCAUACUUAGUUCAAAGAGAAGUGAUUUACAACAUAGGAUCUGAACAAACAAAAGUAUUUUUGGUUCAAGUUGCUACUCUGUUUAAAAAGAUAAUCCAAAUAGCCACUCACCUGUAGUCUUAGCUACUCAGGAGGUGGAAGUGGGAGCAUAGAUCACUUGAGCCCAAGAGUUCCAGGCUGCAGUGAGCUUUGAUCUUGCCACUGCACCCCAACCUGGGUGACAGAGUGAGACUCUGUUUCAAAAUGACAAUAAUAGGCUGGGCAUGGUGGCUCACACCUGUAAUCCUAGCACUUUGGGAGGCUGAGGUGGGAGGAUCACUUGAGCCCAGGAGUUCCAGACCAGCCUGGGCAUCAUGGAGAGACCCUAUCUCUACAAAAACGAAAAUUAGCCAGGCAUGGUGUUGCACACUUCUAGUUCCAACGACUUGAAGGCUGAGGUGGGAGGAUCACCUGAACCCAGGGAGGUUGAGGCUGCAGUGAGCUGUGAUCAUACCACUGCACUCCAGCCUGUGUGACAGAGUGAGAACCUGUCUCAAUAAUAAUGAUAAUUAAUAAUAAUAAUCAUAAUAGAAGGAGAAUCAAAAUAAAACAUGCAAAUGGUCAACAGGUACAUGAAAAAAUGCUCAACACCACUAAUCAUCAGGGAAAUGCAAAUCAGAACUACAAUGAAGCCGGCCUGGUGGCUCACGCCUAUAAUCCCAGCAGUUUAGGAGGCCGAGGUGGGCGGAUCACCUGAGGUCAGGAGUUUGAGACCAGCCUUCCCAACAUGGCGAAACUCCAUCUCUACUAAAAAUACAAAAAUUAGCUGGGUGGCUGGGCGCGGUGGCUCACGCCUGUAAUCCCAGCACUUUGGGAGGCCGAGGUGGGUGGAUCAUGAGAUCAGGAGAUCGAGAUCAUCCUGGCUAACACGGUGAAACCCCAUCUCUACUAAAAAUACAAAAAAUUAGCUGGCGUGGUGGCGGGCACCUGUAGUGCCAGCUGCUCCGGAGGCUGAGGCGGGAGAAUGGCGUUAGCCCGGGAAGCGGAGCUUGCAGUGAGCCAAGAUCGCGCCACUGCACUCCAGCCUGGGCAACAGAGCGAGACUCCGUCUCAAACAAACAAACAAACAAAUUAGCUGGGCAUGGUGGUGCACGUAUGUAAUCCCAGCUACUCAGGACGCUGAGGCAGGAGAAUCGUUUGAACCCAGGAGGGGGAGGUGGCAGUGAGCUGAGGUUGCGCCACUGCACUCCAGCCUAGGCUGCAGAGCGAGACUCUGACUCAAAAACAAAAAAGCACACAAUGAGAUAUUAUUGUACCUUAGUUAGAAUGGCUGUUAUUAAGAAGACAAAACAUGACAGGUAUUGGCAAGGAUGCUAAGAGAAGGCAACUCUUGACUGGGCGCAGUGGCUCACGCCUGUAAUCCCAGCAUUUUGGGAGGCUGAGGUGGGUGGAUCACCUGAGGUCGGGAGUUCAAGAUCAGCCUGACCAACAUGGAGAAACCUCUUCUCUACUAAAAAUGCAAAAUUAGCCAGGAGUGGUGGCACGCGCCUGUAAUCCCAGCUACUCGGGAGGCUGAGGCAGGAGAAUCGCUUGAACCCUGGUGGCGGAGGUUGCGGUGAGCCAAGAUUGUGCCAUUGCACUCCAGCCUGGGCAACAAGAGUGAAACUCCUUCUCCAAAAAAAAAGAAAAAAAAAGAGAAGGGAACUCCUACACACUGUUGGUGGGAACGUAAGUUAGUGCAGCCACUAUUGAAAACAAUAUGGAGAUGUCUGAACAAAACAAAAACAGAACUACCAUGUGGGCUGGGCAUGGUGACUCACACCUGUAAUCCCAGCACUUUGGGAGGCCAAGGCUGGUUGAUCACCAGAGGUCAGAAGUUCACAAUAGCCUAGCCAACACGGCAAAACCCCUUCUCUCCUAAAAAUACAAAAUUUAGCUGGGUGUGAUGGAGGGUGCCUGUAAUCCCAGCUACUUGUGAGGCUGAGGCAGGAAAAUCACUUGAACCUGGGAGGCAGAAGCUGCAAUGAGCCGAGACCAGGGCAUUGCACUCCAACCUAGACAACAAAAGCAAAACUCCGUCUCAAAAAAAAAAAAAAAAAAGAA